UUCUGUUAGAAUCCCCAGUUUUCUCCAAAUCUGAAGUCUCGAUUCGAGAAUCAUCUUUGUUCUUACGAUUCAUUUUUUUCCUUCAAAAAUUUCCCCCAAUUCUUUAAUUCCUUUUUCCAAUUAUUAAAAAAAAUUCAUCGCCCCCAAUUUUCUAGGGUUUUUGAUCGAUCUGGGAAGGGGGAAUAUGGGUGCGGAAGGCGAUUCCAGUGAGUCACGACUCGGUGGAAAUGGAGGAGGAGAAGAAGAGGGAGUGGUGGUUAAUAUCCGAUGCUCCAACGGUACGAAAUUUACGGUGAGGACCAGCCUCGAAUCCAGCGUUGGAUCUUUCAAGGCUCUUCUGGCUCAGAAUUGCGACAUCGCAGCUGAUCAGCAAAGAUUGAUUUAUAAAGGUCGAAUCUUGAAGGACGACCAAACCCUUCAAAGUUAUGGUUUGUUAGCUGAUCAUACCGUUCACAUGGUUCGUGGUUUUGCCCCAUCUUCAUCUUCUCCUCCUGCUGCAGCUACUACAAACAUUGCAGCUGAUACUACUGCACCAGGGGUUACUCGAGGUAUUGGUUCGACCGAGGGUGCUGGUCUGGGGCCUUCCUUAUUAUCUGGACUUAGUCCACUUGGAGGAGGUGGUGGGGAUGGUGCUGGCGCUGGAGGUUUUGGUUUGUUUGGAUCUGGACUUCCUGAAUUUGAACAAGUUCAGCAGCAACUAACUCAAAAUCCUAACAUGAUGAGGGAAAUAAUGAAUACACCUGCUAUACAAAGUUUGAUGAAUAACCCGGAGUUGAUGCGCAGCUUGAUUAUGAACAAUCCUCAAAUGCGUGAAAUUAUUGAUCGGAAUCCAGAGCUUGGGCAUAUACUUAACGACCCUAGCAUUCUUCGGCAGACAUUAGAAGCUGCAAGAAACCCUGAACUCAUGCGUGAAAUGAUGCGGAACACUGACAGGGCUAUGAGUAAUAUUGAAGCCUCUCCUGAGGGAUUUAACAUGCUUAGGCGUAUGUAUGAAAAUGUUCAGGAGCCAUUUUUGAAUGCUACAACUAUGGGUGGAAAUAAUGGAAAUAAUCCAGGUUCUAACCCAUUCGCUGCUCUGUUGGGCAAUCAAGGUGGUUCUCAAGCUAGAAACUCAACUAAUGAUACAUCUACAACCAAUUCUGAAACCGCUCAGGGCCAAACUGCCCCAAACACAAAUCCACUCCCUAAUCCUUGGAGCAACACUGUUGGUGGGGGGGGGACCCAGACCAACGCUAAUGCAAGGCCAAAUCCUGAAGUGGAUGCCGGGACACCAGGUAUUGGUGGUCUAGGAGGCCUUGGUAUUCCAGAUCUGCCUCCUAUGUUGAAUGGAAUGCCAGAUGCUUCUCAGUUGACUCAGUUAUUGCAAAACCCAGCAAUAUCUCAGAUGAUGCAGAGCAUAAUGUCCAAUCCCCAAUAUAUGAAUCAGAUUAUGAAUCUCAACCCCCAACUGCAAAGUAUGUUUGAUUUAAAUCCUCAAUUGAGAGAAAUGAUGCAAAACCCUGAAGUACUUCGUCAGAUGUUUUCCCCUGAGACAAUGCAGCAAAUGCUAGCUUUACAACAGUCCCUCGUGUCUCUCAAUCGACAGCAAUCAACCCAGGAUUCAGCACCAACCGGUGGUACUACAGCAACAGGAGCUGCUAAUCUGGACUUGUUGAUGAAUAUGUUUGGCGGGCUAGGAGCCGGUGGCUUGGGUGUCCCCAACCAACCCGAUGUUCCCCCAGAAGAACUGUAUGCCACACAACUAUCCCAACUCCAAGAAAUGGGUUUCUAUGAUACGCAAGAGAAUAUCAGAGCACUACGAGCUACUGCCGGAAACAUCCAUGCCGCGGUUGAGAGGCUUCUGGGAAAUCCCGGGCAGUAAUACCUUAAUUUCAUGCUCUUUUUUUUUUUUUUAAAUGACCAAGAAACUCUCCAAUGUAAGAUUGGUUGAUAUUGGGUUGGUGCCCUAAGCAAACCACGAUAAUAUUAUACCCGAUCACUUGGACCA